AGACUGGAAACCCCACAGGCUUGUAUUUAAGGACGGCAGCGUGCAGUGGGCUUGCCGUCAGACGACAUGACGACUCUCUUUCUGUUCGUGUGCCUGUUGGUGGGCUGCCUGGCUCAGGAACCCCAACCAUGCUCAUCCCCGCCGCUCUUGUCUGGAGGCCUUUCUGUGUCCACCCAAAGCGAGAAGCUGGCAGCUUUUGCUAAGUACUCCUACGAUGGCCUUGGGAGGCGGAUCCUCCUCAGCAACUUUGGGUCCUUUGACAAUAAAACCUUCCAUCUAGACGUGCUUCUGCUUUACAAACAGGGGCUGAUGUACAAGAUCAACAACCGGGACAAGAAGUGCCUGAAGAGGCGUCUGAGCACGGACUUCAUCCCGCUGGGCGUUCCUAAGGAUGCCUCCCUGGUGGGUCAGGUUGUGCUGGGCAGCUCCUCCGUUCCAGGGGAGGAAAUUCUGGUCAACACCUGGACAGGGACGCUGCUGACCAGGAAGGGAUUAGCAACGUACGUGAGCAUGGUUACAGAGUUUGGCUGUAUUCCUGUCAGCACCCUGUUUAGCACGGACAAGACAGGAUGGGUGGCGGUCAGUUUCUUCAACAACGUCGUCGGACUGGUAGACCCCCAGGAUCUCACCCCACCACCGUUCUGCAGCACCGCCCAGCUGGAGGAAGAGGAGCGAGACGCACACACGUCAUUUCUGCAGCUUCUUUAAAAACCAGAAACACGCUGCAACUGGAGCCUGUUUUACUGUAAAAAUGACUUUUGUGUGGUUUUAGUCAAAGUAGCUCUUAUAAAACUUGAAGAAACUGAAUGGAGUUCAA